AAUCGAUACCUCGUUGUCAUUUCAUACGAAAUUCAAAAUCCAAUAAAAAUUAGAAGCUUCUUGAUUUCUUACGUCUUACGUUUCUUCUCAACCCGCUUUUACGUUUGCAAAAAAGCGCCACAUUAACGCAACCAACUUCACUGCACGAAAACGGAAUUCGAAGAAAGGAUAGUGAAAAAGACGCACACCAAUACUCAUUUGGAAAAUUUUGUGGGAAAAUUUUACAAUUUCCCUCAAAAUUUUGCACAGAAUAGUGUAUUGAGUGAUCAGACGCUGUUUUAAGAACGUAGUGAAGAAAGAAACGUAUCAGCGGCAAAUAAGUCGCCAACAAAUACAACAACAAGAUGUCAGAGGCGGGCGAGUAUUCGGUGGAACGUAUUGAGGAUAAGCGCAUUUGUAAUGGCAGAACCGAGUACUUCUUGAAAUGGAAAGGAUACCCGCGUAGUGAAAACUCAUGGGAGCCGGUCGAGAAUCUCGACUGUCCUGAUUUGAUUUCAGCCUUCGAAGAAUCGCUGAAGACAAAAAAAGAGGGCAAGAAGCGCACCAGUAGCACGCCAGUUAAUGACACAAAAGCUAAACGAAAAGCCGUUGAAGAGGAGCGAGAAAACCGUCGAACAAUGGGAUUCGAUCGAGGUCUUGAGCCAUCAAAAAUACUCGGCGCUACCGAUUCAUCAGGCGAACUGAUGUUCCUUAUGAAAUGGAAGGGCAGUGACGAAGCCGACUUGGUGCCGGCUAAACAAGCUAAUGUGAAGUGUCCACAAAUAGUCAUACAAUUCUAUGAGGAACGUCUUACCUGGCAUACGGCUAAUGCAGAAGAGGAUAAAAAUUCUACCAGCAAAGAAGCGGCCGAGUAAGACUCUAGUUGUAAGGACGUUUUAAGUGCAAACAAACAGCAAAAAAAAUUACAUGAAUUGCAAAAUCAAAUAUAUAUGUGUGUGCUAAGUAGUAUAAACAUACUAUAUAGUCUACAAAUGAGCCGAAUAAAAAAGAACAAUACGCGUGUUGUAAUUCGCGUAUGCGGACUUAGUGUUAAAAUGAACAUGAAAGUACGUUUUUGUGCAACGAAAUAAAUAAGAGCGUUCAAGUUGCAAUUCAACCUAUAAUACAUGCAUACAUACUUUAUGUAGCAGUUUCAUUCAUUGUUUUUUUUUUUUUUUUUUUUUUUUUUUUGUAAUUCUUUCUCGCUAAGCAAGCUCAUGUAAUAAUAUAACUUUUUUUAAAUAAGUUACGGCGUAAAAUAACAUAAAACAAAGAAAUGAGUUGCUGGUAAUUUGCCUUUUCCUCUUUUAAUAAUAUGGUUUUAAAAACCUGAAAAAUAAUUAUUUUCAUGAAGCAUUCACUUUAAAAUAAAUUAAUUUAAUUAUUACAAUUACGUUCAGUUUAUAAGAACAUACAUACAUACAUAAAUAAACAAAAUGAAGUGAGUUGAGAUAUCAUAUGUAAAACGAAGUCCAACAUACAUAAAUAUUACAAAUAAUAAAAAUUACAUAGUUUUAAUGCC